GAAGUAUGGUUUCUAGUGUUUUAUUUACAUUAAUGUGCGUUGUUUGAUACGCCACACGAUAAUGGCAAUAAAUUUCAAUUACAAUUAUCCACAAGUUGCGCGUGAAGCCGGUUUUAAGCUGCGGCAAUACAAAGAUGGACCCAUSGACUGGCGUAUCUUAGGAUCCAUCGAAAUUGAGCGUCUACUGCAGGAUCAGCGAAUUGAGCAGGUGGACUCAUUGCUGGCGCAUCUCUCCGAAGCGCCUUUAGCCACAAUCUUGGAUACAAAUAUCUUAGACAGUGGCAUAGCCAAGUAUUUCGUAGUCUCGCAAUUCGCCAUACAAUACUUACUCUUCUGUCGCAAGUUUCUCGAUGAAACUAUACGUGAGUUGCGCGAGGCGCACGCCGAAUCACAAAUGGAUGUUGCCAAAUUGCGAAAAUCACUUACGGAAGCGAAUAAUGAAAUCUUACAGCUACACAAGAAGAUCACACAAAUCGAGGCUAUACACGAGGUGGUAUAUCCAUGUCAUCUCUGCACUAAGAGCUUYAUCAGCAACGACGCGCUGAAUAUACACAUCAGUCGUCGUCACGGCAUGCGGASCACAAACAAUGUAGCAGUYCUGGGAAGGACUACUAACAUUAACGACGCUGGAAUCUCUGAACGGCAUGCCGAGACUUCUGCCGGCACCAGAGAGCGCGAGCACAAUGACUUACAGUURAUUAACGCCAUCAAAUUGGAGCUGGAAAUUAAGCAGCUUAAAGAGCGCCUUAACAAUGCUGAACGCGAUAUACGUGAACGCAAUUUGACAACGUCAAACAGCAGCAGACGCGGUACGCCACGUGAACCAAUGAAAACUGUUAAAAGCAUCGCUAUACAGAGUGAAUUGCUAGAGAUUAAAGAACAAGAUGACGGUGCAGAUGUGACCUUAAAUAGCGCCAGCACCGACAGCAGCGAGAUGAGRGAACGCAAAGCACAAUUAAAUAAGUUGCAGACGAAAAUACAGGAAUUUGAGGCRUGGCGCCAAAUGCAGCAGACCAAUAAUGAGGAGUCCAUUGCUGAAAUUAAUCGGAAGCUUGGCGAAAUCGUGCACACAUUGGAAGAAACGAAAACCGCGCCGACUGUGACACCAGUGACUGCGACUGUCGAACUAAAUGUGGAGCAGGAGCGCAUAGAUGCAGCGACUUUAUCGAGACAUGGUUCCCCCUCGGUUGAAGAUCUCGAGCGCUUGUUAACGCAGAAAGUGGUUGAAAUCGGGCAAAAAAGCGUUGAAAAGCUGGAAGAGUUCGUACACAACAUGGAAACCAACUAUAAGGAGAAAUUAGACGAGCUUGAACGCGAAAUAAAGAGGCGCAACRCUGCUGAACUUAAUGUAGUGAGCGAAAAGAAAGYUGCYGUUAAAGCAGCGCAGGAAACGAAAGUUGCAGAAACAAAAACAAGCACACGCGCUGCUUCCAUUGCUGAAACGAAUGUACCGCCACGCGAUAUAACAUAUACAGCAUUUAAUCCCACAGAUAGUGAUUCUAGUCUAGGUGUGGAACCGAAGCCCGAAGCGGCGAUGCGUAUGCCAAGCAUCAGACGAAGCAUAAGUGUGGUUUCGGAAGUCGUUGCACCAGACAAGGCUAAGCACACUGAUGAAACGUAUUUAAUAAUGGAUGAUGAGGCAGUGAAGCCAAAACCAAGAGUGCGCAAAAUCAGAAAUGUUGCAGCAGCAUUGCCGGAUAAGAAGCAUUUGCAACGCGAAGAAUUGCAUUCGUUGAGCGCGGAGAGCAAUAGAACGUUUGUAAAGACAGGGAAUGCGGAUUUGGUAUUAGAUGAUAAAGUCGACAACGACAGCACGGACAUCGCGGAGAGCUUGAGUAGUGAGAGUGAGGAAAGCAGCAGUAAAACGGAACUAACUCCAACUAUUCAGAAACCGGCAAAUGUCAAAGAAAAGAMGAAAGUAGAGGCUGCGAAAAACCACAAAGAGCCGCCAAAACCGAAACUCUUCACACGAAACGAUGCUCAGAGAAUGGUAAACAAACGCUUAAUUGCGGCCGGCUUGGAACCAAACGCGCCUACCAUAUCCACAGCAGCCAUGAAGCGCAUGAYCUCGGAACUGGUUGAAAAACGGCAAAAAUUAAAGCAGAAAUAUCCCAACUUUUAUGUAACGCGUAACAAAAUCAGGAAGCUGGUGGAUAAKCUGUGCUCAACAAAACUUCCCGCACCUGUUAAAGAUAUGUUGAUGCACACCAAACCAAUUAAACCGAAAACGUCUUACAAUGUAGCGCGACAGAAGCGCGAUGAUAUACAAGUUUCGACAGAAAUAGAAAGCUUCGAAACACUGGAACUGACGUCCACACCUAUCCAAACUACACAGACUAUGCGUGAAAAAGACGAAUUCAAAGAACGUUUAGAACGUAUACUCGCCUCUCCAAUGCGACAGCCAAUUGACGACAAUAUGAAUAUCGCUGAUCAACAGGUGGCCACUGCACAAAUACAUGCUGCUCCACCUGUACCAUUAACGCGAAAACGUGUUAUGUUUAAUACACUUAGCCAAAACACUUAGUUAAAAAACAUUGUUGGCAGUGGCGAGAGGUUGUAACCAUUGACUAUUAAAUCGACAUAA